AUAGUUGGCAUGUUUUCAUUGCGGCCAAAUAAAACAGCAACUAAUUUCACCUGGAGGUUGUGCCACCAUAUACAAACUUCUAACCUGAUUUGUGGUGAGAGAUACUGCCCUUUUUAGAUGAAAUGUCAUAUGUUUGUCAUUAGCAAACAGCCUUACAUUGCCUCACCAAUUUUUUUUAUCCAAUAUUUAUAUAGUCUAAUAUAUGUAAUAAGAACAAAGCAGACUGCAGCAUGCAACUGAAAUAUUAAGUUUAUUGUAAAGAAUUAAGUUACCCUGUUAUUAGAAAAAGAUUUAAGCUACUAUAUUAAUACUUCAUUAAUAAUAAUGAAGCGAUAGGCCUACAUCAGUGGUGAGAAAAGUACUCAGAUUCUUUAGUAAAAUAACCAAUACAGCAAUGUAAAAAUACUCAAUUGCAAGUAAAAGCCCUUCAUUAAAAAUUCUACUUAAGCAAAUGUACAGAAGCAAAAUGUACUUAAAGUAUGAAAAGUAUGUGACUCACAUUAUUAGAUUGUUAAUGUCCACAAGCUAAAAGUGUUAGGAACAGCUGGUUUAAUCUUUAGCACUGCAUUAUAUUUUAUAAGCGUAUGUGUUUUUAUGUCAAAUCUGUAAAGUAACUAUAUCAGUUAAAUGUGGUCGAAUAUAAAGUAGCAUAACGUGGGGAGUAAAGUAAAGUUUAAAGUAAAUAGUUUGGAAUACUUCUGUGCUUACUUCCUAGUAGUUUUCCAGUGUGGUGUGACAAUUUCUUGCAGCUCUUGAAUGUAUCUCACCGGCUCGAACUUUGACCCAAACACACAUCUGAAUCUCAGAAGCAGAAAUCAUGGCUGAGCCUCCUGUUAUCAUAUUGGAGCGUGAAGUUGAGCGCCUGCUGUGUUACAGAGAGCUGAUCCCGCGUUUAGAGGAGGCUUUGGGGAAAUUCUCGAGACGAGACAGCGCAGAGGUGAUCCAGCCUGUGCGCUCCACACUGCCCCUGCAGAAACACAACGGCUUCCUGGGAUUGAUGCCUACAUACAUGGAGAAUGACGGAGUCCUGUGCACAAAACUUCUGUGUUUCUACAAGAGGGCGGAUGGUUCAACUUUGCCAGCCACUCAAGCCACAGUGGUGCUGCUCGACCCAGAGUAUGGGAAUGUAAAGGCUGUCAUGGACGGAGAGGUCAUCACAGGCAUGAGGACAGCUGCAGCCUCGGCCAUCUCUGCUAAGCUGCUGAUGCGUCCUGAAGCAGAGGUGCUGGCCAUCUUGGGGACCGGCAAACAGGCCCUGAGUCAUUACAAUGUCUUCACAGAAAUGUUUUCAUUUAAAGAGGUGCGUGUGUGGAGCCACACAAGACAGAGAGCAGAGAGGUUUUGCCACUCUGUCAGUGGUCCGGUGACUAUAUGUCUCUCGGUGGAGGAGGCGGUGAAGGGAGCAGACGCCAUAGUGACAGUAACCAGGUGUACAGAGCCAGUGCUCUUAGGUCAGUGGGUCAAACCAGGAGCCCAUGUGGCAGCGGUGGGAGCGUGCAGGCCAAACUGGCGGGAGCUGGAUGACGUGUUGAUGAAGGAAGCGGUGGUGUACACUGACAGCAGGGAGGGAGCAAUGUCUGAGUCCGGUGACAUCAUCCUCUCUGGGGCUGAGGUGUUUGCAGAGCUUGGAGAUGUUAUUAAUGGGACAAAACCUGCCCACAGAGAGAAGACAACUGUGUUCAAAUCCCUUGGAAUGGGUGUUGAAGAUGCAGUGUCUGCUGAGCUGGUAUUUGACCAAUGGAAAGCCAAAGCCAGCCAACCAUGAAGUUGCCAUGUAUUUCAGUCCUGACCUCUCUGUUUGACCUUUAUGCUGAUAAAGUUUAAAUGGAUUUUACUUCAGUUUAUCCAUCCUGAAAACAAAGCCACUGCUGUAUAUCCUGAUAAACCUGCCAAAAAUAUGUAUACCUAUCUUGCUAUCUAUGCUAACACGCUGAUGUUUAUAAUGGUGUAAUGUUUACCAUGUUCACCAUCUUUAGUAUGCUAGCAUGCUAACAUGCUCACUGAUAUUAAUGGUAACAUGCUGAUGUUUAGCUGGUAUGCUUACAAUGUUCACUGUCUUAAUUUAGUAUUUUAGACUGAUACUGCCAUCCAGAGAGCCACAUCGCUAGCAUAGCUAAAAAUUCCAAGCAUUCGCUGGUUUCAGUUUCUCAAAUGUGCAGAUUUGCUUCUUUUCUCUUUUUUAUGAUUGUAAAUCAAUUCUUACAGCAUUUUAGACUGUUGGCCAGAUGAAAACAAGUACUGACAUUUUAUAGACUAAACAAAAAUGGGGGGGAUCAUUAGUUGCAGUCUUACAUUAUUUCCCCGAACUAUUUGGACAGAAGAUGUAGAAUACAACAGAGCAUUUUCAAUGAAUUUAUUUGCUUAAAAAAAAAAAAAAUCAGCAUAUUGCUAUGUGAAAAUGAAACCACAUUUAGCAAGAGUCAAUCCAAAUGUACACUUCCUUUGCGCCAUUGAAACACUGAUCAAAAAUGAGUCCAGAUUUACAAUGGCUCUCCAGAGCACCCAUGCAAUUGAUCAUUGCUCAUUUAAAAAUAAAAUGCAUUUGCUGAAUAGUCA